GAUAUUUUUAUACAGUAAAUGGAAUAAUAAAUAAAGGCAGUGACUAGUAGACAGAAUGCUUAUAUUUCUUGUCUUCAUCACUGGAACAAGGAAAAUAACAUUUUGAGGAGGAUGGAGUUUUUGAUUUUCAAAAAUAAUUUCUUGGAUCAGAGAAUGAAUUCAAUGAGCAUCUUAAUAUUUGGAUAAACAUCACAGUAAAAAUCCUAUAUCAAAUUAAAAAAAAAAAAAACAUGAAGUAUGCCCAGAGCAAGUCUCCUUGGGAUAAAGAAGUGGUAGCACUUUAUUUGUUGUAAGACUGCCUUCCAUGACCUACAAUGUAAGCAAAGGAAGUGUAUCUAUUUUGAUAAUUGCUGUAUCACUAUAAUCUAGUUCAGAUAGAGGUUAUUAGUAUUCAUUAAAUAAAUUAUUAAGUAUAUAUAAGAACAAAUGAGCAAUUCAUAAUUCAUAUAAUGAAUAAGGUGUUGCCUUUUUAUUGAUUAUAAAUGAACUAUUUAUGUAAAAAAACUAAUAUUAUUUUUGAGUUUUUUAAAAAAAUACUUAUUCUUGAUACUAACAAUUUUCCUUAAGCUCAUAAGAUUAUUUGCUUUCUUAAUUUCCCUCCAUUUGCAAUUUACGCAAAAACAUGUGCUAAUAUGCUGUGAUGACUAAUGUUUAAUCUGUUUCAGGAUGGAACAAAAUAGUGAGCAACCCCUGGGAUAAUUCACAACUAUAAACUCAAUGAGAGAUGAAUUUUGGGAUUCUAUUUAAACACAAAUGCAUUGCUGAAUUUUGCUUAUUAAAAGCUGAUUAUUUCAAUCUUAAUAAAGCUCUUUUUUGUGUUUUCUUUAGGUUAAGUCAUAUUAUCUGGCACAAUAAAUGAUGUAGAAAUAAUGUAGAAUGGAAGAUCAUUAAUCUAGACUUUAAUUAUCAGAUGUAUAAUUGGAUAUGACAUGUCAUCUUUCAUUAGCAUUGUAAGGCUCAGCUUAAAAAAUGAAUUAAUUUGGCUAGUAAUCAUUCAAGUUGUAGUGCAGAUACUCUCAGAUUCUAAAGUUCAACAACUAUGUCUCAGAAAAUGCAUUUUAUUCUAGAAAAGGCAUGCAGCUCUGGCAUCAUGGUUCCUGUCAAUAGCACCAACUCCAAAUUCUCCACGUUCCUGCUGACAGGCAUCCCUGGACUGGAGGCUCUUCACAUCUGGAUCUCCAUACCCUUCUGUGCCAUGUUCUUCAUUACCUUGGUGGGCAACAUGACCAUCACGACAGUUAUCUGGAGGGAGCAGACCCUCCAUGUGCCUAUGUACCUCUUCCUGGCCAUGCUGGCUGCCUCUGAUCUGGGUCUGUUCCUCUUCACCUUCCCCACAAUACUGAGGAUCUUCUGGCUAGAUGCUCGAGAGAUGACUUACUCUUCUUGUUUCACCCAAAUGUUCUUUAUUCAUACCUUCCAAAAAUUUGAGUCUGCUGUUAUUCUGGUGAUGGCCUUUGACCGCUAUGUGGCUAUAUCUUGCCCAUUGCACUACUCUUCCAUCCUCACUAAUAGAGUGAUUGUUAGGAUAGGUUUGGCCAUUUUUGUGCGAACUUUGUCUGUAGAGGUGCCCGCUCCCAUCCUCUUGAGGAGGCUGUGCUUCUGCCACUCCAAUGUACUUUCCCAUUCCUACUGCUUGCAUCCUGACAUCAUAAAGCUCUCCUGUUCCAACACUAGGAUCAAUAGCAGCUUCGGAUUGUUUGUGGUGCUCUCCACCAUGGGACUUGACUUUUUACUUAUUCUCCUGUCUUAUGUGCUGAUUCUGAAAACUGUACUGAGCAUCACUUCACAUGGUGGCCGCCUGAAGGCCCUCAACACUUGCAUUUCCCACCUCUCUGCUGUGGUCCUCUUCUUUACUCCCAUGAUCUGCCUGUCUAUGUUGCACCGCUUUGGCCCACGGCUUCCCUCACAUAUCUAUGUGCUUAUGGCCAACAUGCAUUUCCUCAUUCCUCCUGUGAUGAAUCCUAUUGUCUAUGUGGUGAAAACCAAGCAGAUGCGGGAGCAAAUACUUAGGUUUUUCAUCAAAAGAAGACCUGGAGAAUCAAAGUAA